GUUGGUUUGUGCGGGGGGGGCCGUGCGAAUACAAAAUGAAUUAGGGGAUAGCGAGAGGAAAACAAACAAAAACAAGUGUCAUAAUCCUUUCCCAGAAUAAUAAUGUCGAGCGAUGAACUGUAUCGCGUAAAGUUCUCUAGUUCGCGCAAUCAACGCCAGCAGACGCCCUUGAACACCUCCGCGCUGCACUGGCAGCGGCAGCAGUAUGGUUACGAGCUGGACGAGCUGCUUCGCCGGCGUCUCCUGGCCUCACCCGCCUACGUGGACAGGCUGGAACAGGAGGCGGUACUCGCUGGCCACGAGGGAUGCGUCAACUGCCUGGAAUGGACGACGGACGGGCUCUGGCUGGCCUCCGGUUCCGAUGACUUCCGUGUGAUGAUUUGGGAUCCGUUCCGGAAGAAGCGCGUUCAUGUGAUUAGCACCAAGCAUCUGGGCAAUAUGUUCUCGGUGAAGUUCCUGCCAAAGCACAACAACAACAUCGUGGCGACGUGUGCGGCAGACAAGUUCAUCUACGUGUACGACAUCAAUCACUCCAACGAAACUCUCUUCUCCUGCAACUGUCACCUGAUGCGGGCCAAGCGCCUGGCCAUCGCCCAGGAUUCGCCCUACAUUUUCUGGUCGGCGGGCGAGGAUGGGUGUAUACUGCAGCUGGAUAUGCGGGAGCCCCACCACUGUCGUCCAGAGGAGGGCAACGGCGUAAGACUUCUUCGGCUGUACAAUCAGGUGGACGGCACCACGGAGGCCAAGUGCCUGGCCAUAAAUCCCAUGCGGACGGAAUACUUGGCCGUGGGCGCCAAUGAUCCUUAUGCUCGUGUCUACGAUCGGCGCAAGCUGCCCUCCAGCAACGGAAAUGAUCUCUCGGCUUGUGUGGCCUACUACGCUCCCGGGCAGAUCGUGAAGAACAUCACCCGGAACAUUGUCCACGAGUCCCGGGCCAUUACUUAUCUCACCUUCAACGGCAACGGCACUGAGCUUCUGGUCAACAUGGGCUGCGAGCACAUUUACCGCUAUGAUUUGAACAGUGCUGCUCCUCCGGUAUUUUACGAACUACCUGUCUUUACAUCGCCCGUCGCACACGACGAGGAGGUGGAGGUGGAGCAGGUGAAGGCGCCCCACAGGAGCCGCAGUCUGCCGUCCAGCAUAGAGGUUCACAAGAAGCAGGGCAAUGAGUUUCUGGAGAACGGCAAGCUAGUGGCUGCCAUCGAUGCUUACUCAGCGGCCUUGGCAAUGUACCCUCAGGGAGAGGUUUUGUAUCUGAAUCGAGCUACGGCUCUGAUGCGUCGCGGCUGGUUUGGGGAUAUAUAUGCAGCUCUGAGGGAUUGCCACGAGGCCCUGCGCCUGGAUCCUGGCUAUGUAAAGGCCCACUUUCGUCUGGCAAGGGCUCUGCUAGAGUUGCAUCGUCCCCAUGAUGCUGAUAAAUGCCUACAGGCAUUCAUUCAGCGGUUCCCCUCCUUCGCCAACAAUCACGGCGUGCUGAUGCUGAAUAAGGACAUUAAGGAGAACCGCCGGCAGUCACAGAAUACUGAGCCCCCGGAACCAGAGCCCGUGGCCAUGGAUGAUGGCUUCCGCUACAUGCGUCUCUCAGAUGCUGAAUACGAACUCCGCUCAACGGCCAGGGACUAUAUGCAGCGGUAUGUCGGUCAUUGUAAUAUCACAACGGAUAUCAAGGAGGCCAACUACCUGGGUAGCCAGGGUGAGUUCAUCGCCGCAGGCUCAGAUGAUGGCAACUUCUACAUUUGGGAGGGCGGUACUGGAAAAAUUCGGGCCGUUUACCGAGCGGACAGUGCCAUUGUCAAUUGCGUGCAGCCACAUCCGAGCAUCUGCAUGGUGGCUACCAGUGGCAUCGAUCACGACAUCAAGAUCUGGUCCCCGUGCGCCGCCAGUGCCGAAGAGCGGCCCAAUCUGGUGGCGGAUGUCACGCGAUAUGUGGAGGAUAAUCAGCAGAAGAUGCGCACCGAUCCAUUCGAACUGAAUACCCGCAACACGUACUGUUUCAACAACUAGGAACUGUAGCGUAAUGUGCGAACGUAGAUUAUGAGUCUAUUUCGACGGCGAUCGAUACAUCUGGCAAUAUAUCAAAUAUUAGUGUAAUUUACUUUGUAAGCGAACAUAUUUUUGUUAAUUUGUAAUCGUAACUACUGUGUAAACAGAAGGGUUCGAUGAUAUUUGGAUGAGUAUGUUAUGAAGUACCAUAGAAAUAAAUGCGGAGAAUCCCAUUGACAACA